AUGUGGCUCAUCUUUAUCUGGAACGUGGAUGGAGUGUGCCAGGAAGGUUCGGACGCGCCGGACGCGGAGCCGCCGAAAUCCGAGGCGGACAAGCCUGCGCCCGCGUCGGCGUCUUCUUCGACGCCGGGGACGGCUGGCUACGGGGCCAAGGAGCUGACCGACGAGGAGCGUCUGCAGCGCGUGCUGCAGAGGUGCGACGCUGAAGGCCUGGAGCGGAGCGAGGCCCAGGAGGCAUUGGCGGCGGAGCAGCUAGACAUCAAGGAGCUGAUGCUUCAGGCCAUCGAGGGCGCCUCGGAUGUGCAGCCUGUGCCAUCGUGGCGCUCAAAUAGCGAGGGCCACGUGGGCAAGACAAUGAUCCGCCUCCGGAAGCUGGCACGAGGCAAUAUCCCGUUCAGUUUCGACCUUUCGAAAUCGCGCGAAAACGCGCGGAAGUUCCGCAACAUGGGCGCGGGCGCCUUCCAGGUGAAUGCAAAGUCCUACUACGAUAUCCUUGGAGUGCCCAAGGAUGCGGAUGACAGGACCAUUAAGAAGGCCUAUAGGGACAUGGCUCUGAAGUGGCAUCCUGACAAGAACCCGGAUGCCAAGGAGGCGAGCUGCUUCGAACGCCGCUUCCGCGGCCCCGCGGCGCGGUUCGAACCUCGAAGCGCGAUGGGGGACCGCUUCGGGCACUUGUCGGACGUCCGGCACCACCGGCCUCGGAAUCCGGAGGAGGAUGUCUCGUCCAUUUGCACGGACAGACGAGAUGAAAGUCAGGAUGGUGUGGGCUCCUUGCCCACUGCCUCCCUGACCUCCAAGUCCGCGGUGCCACACGGCCCGCAGAUCUCGGAGACCUUUGACUUUCUGCUGCAACGAUUGGCACAGCAGCACUUGCUGGAGCUGGAGUUGCGAGGCAUGUCCAACAACUCUUGCGGCCUGAACAACAGCGACAGCAGCGGGCUGUGGAACCAUCAGCACUCCAUGUCGCCGAAGAGUCAGAGGGAGCGAGCGGGCUCACAGGAUACGGCACGAACCAUCGACAUGGAGAUCGUGUCUCCAAGCAUGGCGGAAGCCUUGCAGAUGAAGCAUGCAGGCAUGCGCGAGGUGGAGGCGGAGUCGAUCCUCGAGGUUUGGGAUGAGCAGCAGAGUGGGAUGAUCUCACCAACUACUGCUCGUUCUGAGCUGCUGUCAGAAGAAAGGAAUGCCUGUGGUGGCCUCGCCCCCAUCUUGGAGAUCAUCAUGGUUGGUAUCCUCAUCGCCAACGUCUUGUGGAUGGCCAUGCACCUGCAGAUCUACGGGGACUGGGCCUUGCACGAUCGCCUGGGCGAUGCGCACACCUUCGCCGGCGACUGGAAGCAGGUGCUCUUUGUCGGGGACAUAUUCUUCGCCGUGAUCUUCGGGCUCGAGGUGCUGGUGCGCAUUUGUUGGCUUCGCUGGGACUUUUGGAAAUCUUGGAUGAACUAUCUCGACCUGGCAGUGGGCCUCUCCAGCGUGGUGGAAAUCUAUUGGCUUCUGUCCACGGCUGCUGGCGCAAAGAACCUGUCCAUAGUGCGCUUGCUCCGCAUCACCAAGAUGGCCAAAGCGUUGCGCAUGUUUAGCAUCACUUCUACCUUGGCGCCGUUGCACUUGCUCAUCAAAUGCCUCGAGGCGUGCGUGGGCAUGCUCUUCUGGAGCUUCCUGCUGAUGACCUUUGUCCAAUGCAUGGCCGGGAUCAUCGUCAGCGAGCUGUGCUACAGUUUUCUGGUGGAUCCCACCACCGACCCCUCCGCCAAGGAGGAGGUCUACAAGUAUUACGGAACGUUUUCCCGGACCAUCCUCUCGAUGUUCGAGAUCAUGUUCGCGAACUGGGGCCCCGCUUGUCGAAUCCUGGUGGAGAAUGUCAGCGAGUGGUUCUCCGUGUUCUUCCUGCUCUACAGGUGCGUGGUGGGCUUUGCUGUGCUCAACGUGGUUGGGGCUGUCUUCGUGCAGCAGGCGCUUAAGACGGCCAGCUCGGAUGAUGAGCUCGCCUUCAGACAAAAAGAGAGGGAGAUCAGCAUGUACAACCGAAAGGUGAAGAAGCUCUUCCAAUCCAUCGAUGACUCGGGGGACGGCACGAUCAGCCUGGACGAGUUCUCCAAGUUGGUGCAGUCUCCAAAGCUGAAUUUUUGGAUGAGCCAACUGGAGCUGGAGUAUCACGAUCUUCUCAGCCUCUUCGAAUUUCUGGACAAUGGCGAUGGACAGAUCACGCUGGUGGAGUUCAUCGAGGGUGCCGGCCGGCUGCGGGGCAGCGCCAAAGCCCUGGACAUUUGGCGCAUGGAAACCAAGAUCGAGGUUUUGUUCGAAGAGGUGCUGAGGGCGUUGUCCGUCCAAGCCGAUCCGGAAGCUAGCGUGCUUCAAGUGCAGGACGUCUUUGAGAGGUCAACCUUCAAGCAUAUCAAGGCCACCUCCGUAAAGAAUGCCAGCGAAGCCGAGCUGUGACAGGGACUGGUCACUCUAGCAAUGACUGGUUUGAACCUCCAGAAGUGGGCGGUUUCAAUGGAACCCACCAGUCAAUUGCAGGCCUGAGUGCUGCUGGUGUCCUUUUCGGGUUUUUGGCCUCGUUCCUUGGCGGGUCUUUGGUGUG